AUUUUCGUUUUGACAACUUUCUUUUAAGACUUCAACUCGGGUUUCCGGGCUUCUUCAGCACGGGGUUUUAGGGUUUAAGUAUCCAUAAACCAACCCCUUCACCGCCAAAACCCUAAACACACUUUCGUCAUGAAUUACAGGUUCCAGAAUUUAUUAGGCGCGCCGUAUCGCGGCGGGAACGCCGCCGUCGUCAACAACACUCUGUUAGUCUCGCCUGUCGGCAACCGCGUCUCCGUCACCGACCUUAUCAAGUCCGAGACCAUAACCCUUCCCUGCCAGGCCUCCACCAAUCUCCGCCGCAUCGCCGCCUCACCAGACGGCGUGUUCCUCCUCACCGUCGACGAGAACAACCGCUGUUUGUUCAUAAACCUCCCUCGCCGCGCCGUUCUGCAUCGUCUCUCCUUUAAGCAUCCCGUCGCCGACGUGAAAUUCAGUCCCGACGGUCGUUUAAUCGCCGUCGCCGCCGGUAAGCUUCUGCAGGUAUGGCGCUCUCCGGGAUUUAGAAAGGAAUUCUUCCCGUUCGAGUUGAUUAAGACGUUUUCUGAUUGUAAUGAUCGGAUUACGUCGCUGGAUUGGAGCCCUAGCUCGGAUUACUUAGUUGUCGGGUCUAAGGAUUUGACUGGGAGGCUUUUUUAUUUGAGCAAAGGUAAGAAGAAGAAAAAUAGCUAUACUAAGCCGUUCUUAUUUCUGGGUCAUAGAGACACCAUUGUGGGAACUUUCUUUGGGGUUGAUAAGAAGACGAAUGAUGUUACAAAUGUUUAUACUUUAUCGCGUGAUGGUGCAAUUUUUACGUGGGGAUGUAGUAGCAAUGAUCCUGAACCUAAUCACAUGGAGGAAGAUUCUUCAGAGCCAGAUUCCCCAGGGACGCCGGAACAGAGGCAGAAUGGGGAAGAGAGUGAUGGUGUUAAUUUGAAGAAAAGGAAGGAUUCUGGUGCUAAUGAUGACGAGCCUGAUGAAGAUGAUGGGCUUUUAUUACACAAAAAGAAGUGGAGCCUGUUGAAAAAGGACUUUUUUAUGCAAGCACAGGCAAAGUUAACAGCAUGCGAUUAUCACAGAGGGCUUGAUAUGGUGGUGGUGGGAUUCUCUAAUGGGGUAUUUGCAUUGUAUCAGAUGCCUGAUUUUGUUUGCCUUCACUUGCUAUCAAUUUCACGAGAGAAAAUCACUACAGCUGUGUUUAAUGAUCUGGGGAAUUGGUUGACAUUUGGUUGUGCAAAGCUAGGGCAGUUGCUUGUGUGGGAGUGGAAAUCGGAGAGUUAUAUAUUGAAGCAGCAGGGGCAUUAUUUUGAUGUGAAUUGCAUUGCGUAUUCACCAGAUUCACAGCUGUUGGCUACAGGAGCAGAUGAUAACAAGAUCAAGGUUUGGACUGCCUCUUCAGGCUUCUGCUUCGUGACAUUCUCUGAGCAUACAAAUGCUGUCACUGCACUGCAUUUCAUGGCUAGUAACCAUUGUCUUCUUAGUGCCUCCCUGGAUGGGACUGUUCGAGCUUGGGAUUUGUUCCGUUAUCGAAACUUUAGAACCUUCGUUACCCCUACGCCUAAGCAAUUUGUUUCCCUGGCAGCAGAUCAGAGCGGCGAAGUGAUUUGUGCUGGAACUCUUGAUUCAUUCGAGGUAUUUGUUUGGUCAAUGAAAACGGGCCGGCUAUUGGAUGUUCUCAGUGGUCAUGAGGGUCCUGUUCAUGGAUUAAUGUUUUCUCCCAAUAGUGCCAUCCUGGCUUCCUCUUCUUGGGACAAAACUGUGCGCUUGUGGGACAUAUUUGCAGGCAAAGGUGGUGUUGAAAAAUUUGAUCACACACACGAUGUUCUUACACUUGCUUACAGACCGGAUGGGAAACAGCUGGCUUGUAGCACACUAGAUGGGCAAAUUCAUUUUUGGGAUCCACUAGAAGGCUUAGAAAUGUUCACAAUUGAAGGCCGCAGAGACAUUGCUGGUGGGCGACUCAUGACUGAUCGGAGAUCAGCUGCGAACUCCUCUGCUGGAAAGUGCUUCACAACUUUGAGUUAUUCUGCUGAUGGUAGCUACAUAUUAGCUGGGGGAAGUAGCAAAUACAUUUGUAUGUACGAUGUUGCUGAUCAGGUACUGUUGCGAAGAUUCCAGAUAACUCAUAAUCUAUCAUUGGAUGGGGUUCUUGAUUUCUUAAACUCAAAGAAUAUGACUGAAACUGGACCAUUGGAAUUGAUAGAUGAUGAUGACAGUGACACAGAGGAAGGAGUGGAUAAGCAAUCACAAAAAAGACUGGCAUAUGAUCUUCCCGGAUCAAUGCCCAACCAUGGUAGGCCUAUUAUUCGUACAAAGUGCUUGAGAAUUGCUCCGACUGGCCGAAGCUGGGCUGCUGCAACUACAGAAGGGGUAUUGAUAUAUUCCAUGGACGAGUCCUUUAUAUUUGAUCCCACUGAUCUGGACAUUGAUGUUACACCAGAGGCAGUUGAUGCAGCUCUAAAAGAGGAUGAACCAAAAAGAGCUCUGAUACUCAGUCUACGUCUGAAUGAAGAUACCUUAAUAAAGAAGUGUAUUGUCGCUGUUAGUCCUGUAGAUAUACCAGCUGUUGCUUCAGCAGUCCCCUUCAGAUAUUUGCUGAGAUUAGUGCAAGCACUUGGGGAUCUUCUGGAGCAGUCUCCACAUUUGGAGUUCAUCCUCCGGUGGUGCCAGGAACUUUGCAAAGCCCAUGGAAGUUCUAUUCAGCAGAAUUCCAGAAAUCUGCUUCCUGCCCUGAAAUCCUUGCAAAAGGCAGUUACUAGGUUACAUCAAGAUUUGGCAGAUACAUGUUCUUCUAAUGAGUACAUGCUUCGAUAUUUGUGUUCUACAAGCAACACCAGAUAGUACCCAUUAUAAUUAUCUCAAAUGCACUCUUCGGGAGUCUAGCCUUGAUAGAAAGACGAGCGUUAUCUGAGAUUGUUUUGAUUGCUGGAGUAGUAUUAGCUUGUUGUUGACAAAGCUGACUACUAAAAAAGGAAUUUCAAGUUUGAUAUUUAUAAAUUUUGGUUGAGGCCUGCAAGCUCCUAAAUCUUCUGUGGCUGUAGCAGAAAGUUGCAGCAUUUUUGACCGGAUGAAAGAGAAAACUGCGCAGAUAUUAAUGUAGACGAGUGUAUAUUUGUUCCAAGGAGUUCAAUGUGUUGUUGUCAACUUAUGAAUUAAUUGAUUUUUUUUUCAAACGGUUGCUUUUGGAAUAUUUUUGACCCAAAUGAAUGACAGUUCCUUAUUUGGAAUCA